AUGCUAAGUUUGAGCUUUCGUAAAUCGCGGAUUAGAAACGCCACUGCUCUACUUGGUUUAUAUUAAUCUAAACCGAUUGUAAAAAAAAAAGAAUAAAAGCGCAAACCUUAAACUAAUCGAGGAAGUGAAAGCUGUAUCACGUUCUUGAGAAAAAGACAGACAACCCAAAAAAAAAGUCAAUGCGCUCAAAAGCUUAAACAGAUCUCAAAAUUUCGUAUUUUUUUCUCUGAGUAUAUGCUAUGCUUUGUGUAACUCGUUAUUAGAUAUUUAAAAUUGCUUUCGAUUUUUAGUAUUGACAACUUCAAAGGUUUUAUUACAAAGGUUUGUUUUUUUGUUGUUGUCUGCGGUUCUGUCUUUUAAAGCAAAAAUGGCAAACAGAGAGAUGGCUGUAUACUGUUUCGACACUUUGGUCUCUCACUACAACAAAGAAGACACACCUCCACCUGCCUUUGAAGACGCCACACAUCCAUUUUAUGUCACCUGGAAGAAAGCAGUGAAUGGUGGUGAGCCUCGAUUGCGUGGAUGUGCAGGUACUCUAGAAGCACACCGCUUGAGCAGUGGCUUCAAGGAAUAUGCCUUGAACGGUGCCCUGAGGGAUCGUAGGUUCCCACCAAUACAACCCGGAGAACUGCCGUCUCUGCAAUGUACUGUCUCUAUCGUGACUGAUUAUGAAACUCCAGAGGAUUAUCUUGAUUGGGAGGUGGGAAAGCAUGGUAUAAUCAUUGAGUUCAGUGACCUUGUAAGGCGAAGGGUCACAUACUUGCCUGAGGUGCCAGUUAAUGAAGGCUGGACAAAGAUAGAGGCAAUAGACUCACUGGUGCGUAUAGCAGGGUACGAGGGGGAAAUAACUGAAUCAGUGCGUAGGAGAAUCCAUCUAUCACGUUACCAGACUACAUUAUUCAGGAUGUAUUAUAGUGAAUACAUAGCGUACGUGAAGGCCACGAGAGGCAGUGUUGCUCCCGCUAUGGCAUUGUCUUGAUUCGCACCAUAAAGCUGCUGCUAAUGGUUGCACCUCCUCCUUAUUAAUUAUCUUUGUAUUUGUGCUCUCUCUGAUUAAAAGAAGUUUCUUCUUCAACGAAACUCUCUAUUUGGCUGCUUCACAAUUGUCAUAAAAUCCAAGAAACCAACUUCGAAUAACCAUUUCUACUUGUUCUUGCUG